CUGGAAUUCAACUGGCAGCUGACCAAGUCAGUUGCGCUGCAGCCAUAGACUGAAAAAGGAGUUAAAAAAGGGCAUAUAAUUUUAAUAGUAUGGACUUCGAUUUUAGUCAAUGGGAUUUUCCGGAGGAUCGCAUUUGGUUGCGUAUACCGAGUGGGGAGAUUGCGUGGAAAGUGUGCUCCUUCCUGCCACUAAUUAUAUUUGGCCUUUACGGCAAUUCGGUUAUGAUCUAUUUAAUAGCCGCAAAUCGUACGCUGCGCACGCCAACCAAUUUAAUUGUGGCCAAUAUGGCAGUGGCUGAUUGUCUCACACUACUCAUAUGUCCGACUAUGUUCAUGAUCAAUGAUUUCUAUCAGAAUUAUCAGUUAGGCUAUGUGGGCUGCAAGAUGGAGGGUUUUGUGGUGGUUGUAUUCCUUAUAACAGCCGUUUUGAAUCUUUCCGUGGUUAGUUACGAUCGUCUUACAGCUAUUGUCCUGCCACUGGAGAAGCGUUUAACGCUGCGUGCCGCAAAGAUUGUAAUUUUUUGCACUUGGCUGGCAGGAGUUCUACUUGCACUGCCCCUAGCUAUAUAUCGGGAUUAUAGGGUGCGUGUAUGGCGUAAUUUUACGGAGCGCUAUUGCAAGGAGAACAUAAAUGUCCUGCCCAAAUAUUGGUAUGUGCUGAUCACGGUAUUAGUUUGGUUGCCCUUGGGCAUUAUGCUCAUUUGUUAUACGGCCAUUUUCAUCAAGCUUGAUCGCUAUGAAAAGCGCGUUUUAAGCCGUGAAAAUCCGCUGAGUGUUAAUUAUAAGCGCAGUGUGGCUAAAACCCUGUUCAUUGUGGUUAUUGUUUUUGGGGUGCUGCGUUUGCCCUUCACCAUUUUCGUGGUGUUGCGCGAAAAGUAUUAUAACACCGAGGUCAGCGUGGAUAGUGCAAUGCAGUACUUUUCAUACUUUUCGCAAUACCUAAUGUUUGUCAAUGCCGCCGUCAAUCCCCUUAUCUAUGGCUUCAACAACGAGAACUUCAGACGUGCCUAUGCCGAGAUGUCUUGUGUGAAACGUCGAAGAGCCAAAGGGAAUCGCGUUCAUCAUUGUUGCUAUUGUGAUUUCAUCAAGAAGAACAAGAACAACAAACAAACAGAAGCAAAUGCAAAUGCAGAGAAGAGCUGCGCCAAGGAAAUAUCACAGUCUGCGACUGCGGAAACAAAAAGACUGCAGGAAACAUCCAACUUGGAUGGUAGUGUCGAAGACACUUUGGUGGCACAGAUCGAUGGAGAGGGUUUCAUUUAAAGUCUACAUUAUAAAUAUAUUACACUACCAAAAUGGCAGGUCAUUAAUUGAAUAUUCCAAUACUUUAACAAAUU